UUAAAAAUCGAUCGGUAGGGUUUACAUAUAAAAACGAAAAUGGAUCAGAGAUUGGAAACAAACAAUCUCCUUCCUCCUCCAUCUAUCUAUAUUCCCCCCCUCCAUUCUCCUCUGAAAACCCUAAUCUCCUUCUUUCUUCUCUCUGUUGCUUCCAUUAACAUAGAUGAUAAAGCAACUUCAAAAGCCGCGUGAAUUCAUCUUGUAGUAACGGGGAAAUUAAAGAAGGUUUCAGCUGGUCGGUAGAGAGAUUUGUCUGAAGAAAAAAAAAUGGCGACAAUGAAUCAGCUUGAUUCCGAUUUGCUUCUACCUCCACGGAAGCGAUUACUCGCCGGAUUCAAGAAACAGAACUCCAACGGAUCUUCUUCAUCUUCUACUUCAUACUCAAACGGCUCCUCCUCUGCUUCCACCGUUGUGCACACCCAUCUCGACAAUCUGUUGACUUCCCAACUCACCGACGGCCAGAGUCGGUCUCCGGAGGAGCUAAAAGCAACUGCUGCUUUAGCGGUAAAGAUCGCAAAGGCGGCGAGAGCCGCAGCUGAUGAGAAAGCCAUCAUUGCUUCAAAGGCCGUAGCUGCAGCCAAGAGCGCGUUGGAACUGUUCGCUUCUUUUCCGGCUGAGACGGUGAAGGAGAGGAAGAACAAGCAGAAGAAACAUGUCCCCGUUCAUGUUAUGUAUUCGAAAGAUGAGGAUUUAGCGCGUAGGUUGAACCGAGCUAUAAACAACUCCCCUAGAGUAUUGACCGGGCAUAGAAACAAGAAGCUAAAGAGUGUAGCUACGUAUGAGAAUAGCGCAGUGACUAGUAGUAGUACUAUGUACGAUGGGAAUGAUGUUGCUGGUGUUGUGGAUUCAGACACCUCCACGGAUGAUGAAGUAGACAGAACAAGAGUUAAUGGGAAGGAGAAAACAGGGGAGGAGAGUAGAACAUUGGGGAAAAGAAGAGGAAGAGUGAAGCUAAAGAAGUUACCUUUGAGCAUGUGUGCCUCUAAGGAUCAAGAAAACGGAAUCAUCACAAAUUCCCUGGCUCGGACGGGAGGUUCUAAUGGUGGUGUGGGUCAGGUGAGAUCAUAGCAGGACUACAAUGGAAGUGUUACGAUCUAAAAGUCACAGGAAUGUGUGUGAAGCAGAAGACAAAGUUGUGUAGGUUCAUAUCAACUCUUUUACCUAAAAGAGGUAAAAAUAGUGCAGAUUCAGAAACAUUGCUAUUUUCAGUAGAAUCCGAAUGUUGUUUCUUAUUUUCCUUGGUUCUGCUUUUUUGGGUAAUGUGAUUGGAUGUAUGCUGCUUGUAUAGGAGUAUUUGCUAGAUACAUAAGGAGUAGAUUUUAUAUAGUAUAUGUGGUAGUUGAAUCA